AUGGAGCGCUACGACAAACCCGGCGGAGAACGGAUCCCUUCGGGAGGCAUACACGAGGUCGCGCUCAAGUGGGUCGCGGGUCCUGAACGCGUCCCGGGCGUACGCCGCGAGGGCUCCCUGUACAUGGGCUCCCUCGCGCCUCUCCAGGGCUCGGUCGUCCCCCGCUGCUAUGGGCUUUUCUCCGGUAUCGUUCGGGGCGUCGAAAUUGCUUGUCUGGUGCUCGAGUGGCUUACUUCCGUGCCGAUAACCGACAAGCAUGAACUGAACCGCCAACGCAUGCUCGCCGGCAUUUCUCUUCAUGCUGUCGGAGUCAGGCAUGGGCGCUUACUGGGUUUCGGCCACUUCAUCCCUGUCAGCGAUGGGACGUUCCGUGUGGUGGGCUUUGCAGAGGGGCGGGUUCACGAAUGCGCGGGAACCACGAUACUUUCUAGAAACACAUCAGGAGACCAACGGCCUGACGAACAGUGCGACGAGUUAGCCGUACUCGAGUCGCGUUUCGGCGUCGAUGCAGAGCGUAACGGCGACUGGGUUCGCUGCGCCAACGGGAUGUAUCCGGCCUUUGAUAACAGCUUCUUUUACAACUACACGGCCAGGAAAAUUGUAAUACCAUUUCCACGUUCGCCGUAG